AUGUCAUCAUUCAACAGUAGCUUCAUCGUCCCAUCACCACAGCUCUUCAAUGGUGAAAACUACCAAAUUUGGGCUGUCAAAAUGAAAGUCUUUUUGCAGUCACAGGAUUUAUGGUCUUGUGUAGAGGAAGGCUAUGUGCAGAGAGCAUUACCGGCUAAUCCCACCAUCAACCAGCUGAGGCAACAAAGUGAAGAAUCUGUCAAGCCGUAUAAGGCCUUGUCAGCUAUUCAUGCAUCAGUCUCAGAAGGAAUUUUGGCUAGAAUCUUAACUUGUCAAACUGGAAAAGAGGCAUGGGAUAGGCUCAAAGAAAUGUUCCAGGGCAGUGAAGCAAACAAGAGGAUGAGGCUUCUCAAUCUAUGGAGAGACUUCGAUUUGUUAAGGAUGAAGGACUCUGAAAGCAUCAAGGACUAUGUUGAUCGACUUAUGAAGGUGGUCAAUCAGAUUAGGUUGCUUCAAGAGGAUCUCCCUGAUAGAAGAAUAGUGGAAAAAGUCCUUGUGAGUGUUCCAGAGAGAUUUGAAUCUAAAAUCUCUUCUUUGGAGGACUCAAAGGACUUAACCACGCUCAAACUUGAUGAGUUGGUGAGUUCACUCCAAGCACUGGAACAAAGGAGGGCUAUUAGACAUGAAGAACAGGUGGAAGGUGUAUUUUUCUCUAGCUUUAAAAGCAAGGGGAAGCAGAAGGAGUAUACGAAAGGAGAUGGAGAGAAGAAGGGCCAGGAUACAAAUGUUCUCUUUGUAACCUGCCUGGACAUAGUGAGAAAUUCUGUAAGAGAAAGGGAGAAGCCAACCAGCAGGCUCAGGUGA